AUGCUAUAUGAUAUCAUUUUCUCAGCAAUAAAUUCCGAUGUCGACUCGACUCAAUCCGAAGUCGAACAACAAACUGAACUUAUGUACAAAGAUAACACGAUAUGGACAGCCGUAUUUAAUGCAGACAAGACUGCCAUUGACCAUUUAAUUGAUAUAGAUCCAGAUAUUAUUAAUGCAAGAGGAGCCGUUGGUGAAUGUCCUAUUCAUAUGCUAUUUCUAUAUGCAACAGGCAAACAUUUGGAAAUUGCUCGAGAUCUUAUUAUGCGAUUUCCAAUUAUUGUAACGCAAAUUUACAAUAAACCAACUUAUUAUGGCGAGAAUAUUCUUCAUAUUGCUAUUGUCAAACGUGAAACAGCAAUGGUUGAAUGGUUGCUUAAUAAUGAUUAUUUAGAGCCUUAUCGAGAACAAUUAUUGACAGCAACUGCAACAGGAGACUUCUUUGAAAUAGGUAAACCAUCUUAUUAUGGUGAAACUCCACUGGGAUUUGCUUGUUGUACUAAUCAAUGGGAUAUUGUUGAAAUUUUACUGAAAUAUGGUGCCGAUAUGAAUCUGGUCAGUAAAGAAGAAAAUAUUGAAUGUUGA